UAUCUCCCGGCCCCUACUUCCCGUCGGUGGAGUCGGUGGUCGGGUGGCCUCCAUUUCAUACCACCAUAUCCCAUUGAUUGAUUGUGAAUUUGUAAUACUAAGGUUUCAACUUUCAAGAAAAGGACGAUUUUCUUCUACCUUUACUACUCUGUAAAUUUUCAUCCCAACCCUAGUAAACUUUUUGACAACUUGUACAAAUUCUGUAACGCUUUUCCAUUCAAAAGAAAAAAAUAAUAAUAAUUCUCGCUUUCUCUCUACAAAAAUGGGUUUGAAAAAGCAACCACACCAUACUUGUGGUCGCACAACAAACCAUUUUGUAUCUUCCACGCAUUCCCAACACAGCAAGAAGAUGCCUUUCACUUGGGAACUGAGUCUGCACUUAGAAGGCUUGCCAUAAAGUUGCAUUUAAUGCCAAAUUGCGUCUCCCUCGCACUCAUGCGUCCGAAAUGGUUAAAUUCAUUUUUGGGAAACCCGAAUGGGCAAAGAUUGAUACCUGAGGGGGUCUGAAACAUGGAUACCACCCAAUUCAAAGAGACCCUCCGUAGCAAUGAUUCCAGAUACCUUAUUGUGCGGCCGGAAAAUGGCGGAAUCAAAGAUGUUUUCCGGUACUGGCUUUGGCCGGACGGCGAUGGCGGACGGAGAUUCUUGGAGAGCUCCGAGGAGGGAGUUAUUGGUGCGACGGUGUCUGGACGCAGAUGGGUGAUACUGGUGUCGAUUAUAAUUCGAAAACUUAUUGCUGUUCUAGCAAAACCCCUGAAAUGGACUGGCUAUGUGGUGGAAUUCACUCUCAAUCUUCUCUCUUUGAAUGGCAAUCUCACAGGACUGCUCUGCAACAUCGUACGGGGAGAAGUAGCGGUGCCAAGGAGGGGCACGGAGACUUUUAUCAGCACCGUUGGGUAUUCAGAUGGGCGAAUAAAUCUAUUAAAUGAAGACGAAUUGCUUAAAAGAACUGGUGAAUUUGUUUCUGAAGAAAGAGGUUUCGGACUUGAAAUGGGCAAUCGGGCUCUAGUGGACCUUUGCAUCAUGGCUUCAAAAAUAUCCUACGAGAAUGAAAAGGUCAUCCAAAAUAUUGUGCUUCGCCACUGGAAGAUGCAUUUUGUGGGCUUCUACAGUUGCUGGAAUGAUUUCCUAAAGGACAGCUCUACUCAGGUGUUCAUACUGUGUGAUAAGCCUAAAGAUGCGAAUUUGAUAUUGAUCAGCUUCAGGGGCACUGAACCUUUUGAUGCAGAUGACUGGAGCACUGAUUUCGACUACUCCUGGUAUGAGAUUCCGGAAGUUGGGAAAAUUCAUAUUGGAUUCUUAGAGGCUCUCGGUUUGGGCAACAGAAACGAUGCUAAUAGCUUCCAUAGUCACCUCCAGGGAGAAGCAAGCACAAGCUCCACCGAUUCAAGUGGUCUUGAUAAUAGCACAUUCUCAAACCUUGAUCAAAAUAUUGAACAGGAUACAUUACAUCCAUCCUCCGAGUCUGAACAGUCUGAUGCAAUUACACCAGAAGUGGUGCAGUUGACUGCAUAUUAUGCAGUGAAACUUAGACUCAGGAGAUUACUUAUGGAGCAUAAAAAUGCAAAGUUUGUGGUCGCUGGUCACAGUUUAGGUGGAGCACUUGCAAUUCUGUUCCCUACAGUUCUCGUGCUGCAUAAGGAAAUGGAAAUAAUGGGCAGGCUAUUGGGUGUAUAUACAUUUGGGCAGCCUAGGGUCGGGAACAAGCAGCUGGGGCAUUUCAUGGAGGCCCAUUUGGUUAAUCCUACACCAAAGUACUUCAGGGUUGUCUACUGCAAUGACCUUGUGUCCAGGAUGCCUUACGACGAUACUGCUUUCUUCUUUAAGCAUUUUGGGGUUUGUCUAUACUAUGACAGCCUAUUCACUGAACAUAAAGUAGAUGAGGAACCGAACAAGAAUUUCUUUGGGAUUAAAUACCUGAUACCACAGCAUCUCAAUGCUUUGUGGGAGCUAAUCAGAAGCUUUUUGAUGGGCUACAUUCAUGGACCUGAAUACAGGGAGGGAUGUUUUUGCAUAUUGGCAAGGGUGAUGGGACUGGCACUUCCUGGUAUUUCGGCUCAUUACCUCACAAAUUAUAUAGACUCCGUGAGGCUUGGUAAGGAGAAUAAAACCCUUUAAUAAUAUCAAUGGUUUUCACUUGGCGAUGAAAGAGCAAGCUAUGUCCAUUCCUCUACAUGCUAUAAGCUUAUUCCACACAGAAAACUUUUAAGGUUAGCAGUUCUGACCCCAGACAUAUAUUAUAUAAGUAAGAUCCCUGUUUGUCGACAAAAACAGAACAAUAUUAUCAAAAGAGAUCGCCCAGUUCCUGAUUACCUACCCUGGAAUGUUGUAUUUGGAAGGAGUAUAGUAUAUCGAUCUUGAUUACCAAAUCUCCUUGUCUUAUAUGUAUAUACACACAUACGUUAAAACUUUCAUUACUCAGAGUUGAAGGCAAAAGAUUGUAUGUCAUAUAAACAAAAAAGGUCAAACAUCUUUACGAUUAAUAGCCAAGUGGGAUUGGAUUGGAUAAGAUUUCGAUUUAAAUAAAUAUGUACAUUGUCGGCACCGUGCUUUAAUUGAUGUGCUUGUUUGAUUAGAAUACAUUAUGUUUAGCUAAGCUAAAAAGUUGUAACUGUAAAAUCUCCCACCUUGGAAUUUGUCUGGGUGUGGGACAUUGUUCCUUCAAAGAAGCCCACAUCUUUUGCCUCCUA